AUGUAUAAACGUCACUUUGAGCGAACCGGUCUGCACAGAGCGAGUUCUGGCGGUCACAGCGAGGUCGUCACCAGACUGCUGGAAGCCGGAGCCAACGUCCACAGCAGAGACAAGCUUUUGUCCACUUGUGUCCACGCUGCGUGUCGAGGAGGACAUCUGUCUGUUCUCAAACUGCUGCUGGACCACGGAGCAGACAUCUCUGCAACAGACAAGUUGGACAGCACUCCUCUUCAUGUCUCUGUGAGGACCGGACACUACGACUGUGCUGAACACCUGAUUCACUGCAGAGCUGAAGUCAACACACAGGACAGGGAGGGAGACACUCCGCUUCACGACGCUGUUCGACUCAACAGAUUUAAAAUCCUCCAGCUGUUGUUGCUGCACGGAGCCGACACACACAUCACCAACCAGGUAGAGCUGAGUGACGGACACAGUCCUCUGGACGCCGUGUUGGAGUGGCAGAACGAAACAAAGACUCUCCUCACUGAGCAGAACGACAGGAAGUGA